CUAACACUAAGUAGCUUGCUGAUUUUAACAAACAUAAACGAAAUUUAAGAACCGGUGUAUACACUUUCUUUCUUUUAUAUUUCUUAAAAAAUGACAAGCAACAAUCUUCCUCUUGAAAACAAAGUCGCCAUCGUUACAGGAGGCUCCAGAGGUAUCGGAGCAGGAAUCGCUGAGACAUUGGCAAGCCGUGGUGCCAAGGUUGCCAUUACUUAUACCUCUGAGAGUAGCAAAGAAUCAACCCAGAAAUUAGUGAAUAAGAUCAAAGGAUUUGGUACUUCAGCAGACGCCAUCAGUAUUCAAGCUGACUUGCGUGAUGUUGCAAGUGCUGAACAUAUCGUUGAGACUACUGUCAAAGCUUUUGGUCCCACCAUCCAUAUUCUUGUUAAUAACGCGGGAUGCUCUAAAUUAGGAACGCUUGGAACGUUGAAAUUAGAAGAUUACAACUAUAUCUUUGAUGUGAACGUUAGGGCUGUCUUGUUCAUGUCAGAAGCCGUGGUUGGUCAUCUUCCCAAGAAAGAAAAAGACGGCUGUGGAGGUAGAAUUAUCAAUUUCGGAAGCAUUGGUGGAAGAAUUGGUUUGUCGGGAAACUCCAUCUACGCUGCAAGUAAGGCGGCUCUUGAAGGCUUUACGAGAUGUUGGGCAUCAGAGUUAGGCCCUCAAGGACACACGGUGAAUCAAGUCAACCCAGGAGCAGUGGACACGGAUAUGCUCAAACAAUAUGGUGGAGGAGAGGCAUUCACCAAAAUGACACCCUUUGAAAAUCGCGUUGCUACGCCUUCUGAUAUCGCUGAAAUCGUUAGUUUUCUUGCCGAAGAUAGAAGCCGUUGGAUCACUGGACAAACAAUUUCGGCCUCUGGUGGAUUACAAAUGUAUUAGUUUCCGUAGAUCCAUUUUUAGUUUUCGCCCAACGAAAGACCCCGCGUAGUCAUUUCUUGUUAGUGAUUCAUUUAACUUAUUUAUGCUAGAAAUAAUUACAUAUUAGAGCAAGAGCUGAUUGAUAUCGCGUUUUACUUCGUGUUGUUGAAUUUAAAA